AUGGCAAAUAUUAUUGAAUGGUUGUUUGGCGGCAGUCGUUCGGCUGAUGGCAAUAGUCCACCCGCACCAGUCAACACACCCGCUCAUCCUUUUUAUCCACAAGAUCUCAAGUUCCCAAACUACGUUCCGUCGUCCUACUCCGCCUUUGAAACCUUUUCAAUCUUUUUCGGGGCGCUCUCGGUUAUCGUUUUCCCUUCACUCUACCUAAUCCUGAAUCGUACAUCGGUUGCUCCAAGAAACAAGGCAAUUUUUAUCUGGUUUGCUGUAUGCGCAUGCAUUCAUCUAGUGCUCGAGGGAUAUUUUGCAUAUUUUCAUGCUACUAUGGCGGAGGAUGAUACCAUUUUAGGACAGUUAUGGAAGGAAUACUCGCUCAGUGACUCGAGAUAUCUAACCUCGGAUCCACUGGUCGUUUGUAUGGAGAGGGUUACCGCAGUGAGUAUUGAGAUUGAGGCUGGAAGCGUGUUUAUUUAUUUGAAAGUUAAAACCUUUAUAUUGAUAUUCGGUGGCCCACUGUCCAUUUUCACUUGCCUCGCUAUUUACUUCAAUUGGCCUUCUCGUCAUGUGCUUCAGCUAACGACCUCCAUCAUUCACCUGUACGGUGAUGUUCUCUAUUACUGGACGACGAUCUUUCAAGGCUCUCCCCACAGCCGUCCUGAAGCAUAUUAUUACUGGUUCUAUUUCAUAUUCAUAAAUAGCAUAUGGGUCAUUAUUCCGACCCUUUUGACAAUAGAAAGUUGGAAAGAAUUAACAAAGGUUGUGAGUGAGGACUAUCGGAGAAAGAGCAAGAAAUUACAGUAG